CACGUGCCAUUUCAAACCGUUUAUCCACCAACUUUCUCUGAAGAAUCACUAAGUCUUUUUAAGGAAAAGCGAAUCACUUCCAAAAUAAAGCAGUUAAUUUAAAACAAAAAUAUUAAAAUAAUGAACUAAGGAUUGGGGAAACAAAAAUAUUUUCUUCCAAAUGUUACUAAAUUAAUUCUUAAAAGUUCUUAAACCUUGUCAACACAUAAAAUAAUAUAGAAAUCUACAACCAAAGUGUUUUAAAUCGAUUUAUUUAAUCAAUCUUUAUAUUUAAUCAAUUUCUGACAUAUUUUUUAAUUAAAUAUCUCGGGAUUAACCCUUAAUGAAGGUAAAUUUAGACUCAACACAUUAAAAGUUCGUUUUUGCUUCAUGCGUAAAAGUGCCAUUUCAAAGCGAUUCUUACUCGCGUGUUCGGCGAAUUUUUUGGAGACAGAGAUUAGUAAGAGUGGUAUUUCCUUUCCCCCCCUCUCCCUCUCUUUGGUUGCAUGAUCGAGUCCCGUUGUCUGCUUGAGUUCAGUGCGUCGUUCUCUGGCCCGGACGCUUCUUAUUGGUAGGUUGCGACAGUUACAUCACGCCGCUCGUGACGCGCACGUCUUCCUGUUUCCUUCAGCCGCGUCUUAAAGUGAAUCUUUGUAGCGGAGGAGCGCUCCAGCAUCCAGUCCUCUGCAGCCCAGUGCGCCUCGGAGACGCACGCACGCUCAGUCCCUCUCUCACUCUCUCUCUCUCUCUUUCUCACUCUCAUUCUCUGUCUAUGUCUCUCAAUUUCACAGCAGAGAUCAGAAGGAGAAACCGAAGCGCACGUUUCAUCUUUUAUUUCUUCAGUUUCGCGUUUUUCUCCGGCGCGUCUCACUUUAUUCCAGCUCCUCUUUCUCGGAGAAACUGCGCUCGCGGCUCCACAUCCAGACACCCGCGCGCUGCCGUGCGCCUUCUUCUCUUUCGUCCCCGCAGGAGUUCAGGUUGUCCCAUCCUCAUCUAAAGGGGUAAGUAAUCUUGUCAGCGGAUGCCUCCUUGUCCUGUGCUCUCCGGACCAAGGUGUGUGGGAAAAUAAUCCAACAGUUUAGCGGGGAAACCGUGUUCAUGGCGCAGACUAAAAGAGCCUUGCUCGCUGCGUUUCGGUCGCUCGUCCGGAUGUGUUUGGAUUUGUGAGCGACCGGGUUCUGCUGAGGAUGAUUUGUGAGCGCUAGCCCAUCCUUCCUCAUCAAAGCAGUGAUCAAGUUGAUUUGCAACUUUGAAAAAUACUGAGAGGUUUUGCCCUAGAGGACUGGGAUUGUGGGAAAUGGCCCAAUAGCAGCAGCCCGUGAUGCCGGACCAUGACAGCGACUCCCUCCUGAACAGACAGACCAAGCGAAGACGUGUGGACAUUGGUGUUAAGAGGACCGUGGGCAGCACAACCUCCUCCACAGCAGCCACAGCAGUAGCCACUGAUAACAUUGCUCGAGCCAAAGCAGCCAUUUUUAGUGCCAUGAACUCUCUGAGCUCCCAUUCUCUCCACGGAUCAGACAACGACUCCAUGGAGUGCUCUGUAGUGCAGCCGCAUGGUGGGCCUGGCGUUGUGUCAGCCAGUGACAGUGAGUCCAAGUCCAAUGUUCUCCGAAAGCUGCUCAAGAGGGCCAACUCUUAUGAGGACACCAUGAUGCCCUUCCCCGGCACUACCAUAAUCUCCCAGCUUCUCAAGAAUAACAUUGCUAAAAAUGGUGGGGGACCUGAGAGGGGGGAACGUGGGGACAGGGGUGAUAGAGGUGAAUCCGGCUUUCCCGGAUCAGGGCUCUCUAAUGCAAGUUCAGACGCCCCCCAAGAGGAUGCUUGCAGUAACUCCUCUCAGGACAGCACUCCUCAAGAGUGCUUGUCCCCGUUCGGCCGCCCCAGCCUCACCACUUUUGACAUUGAACGCCUCAACGACGAACACCUGCGUGCCAAGCGAGCCCGCGUAGAGAACAUAAUACGCGGAAUGAGCCACUCACCGAGUGUGGUGGUGCCUGCCGCUUCCCGUCACGAGCGUGACCAUGACAUGGCUGGAGAGAGGCAUAUGGAGAUGGACUGCCCUCCUCCUCAGUCGCAGCAGCAGGCUCCCUGCAGCCCGAGGGGAGGUGAGGUGUGCAGCAGCAGCAGCAGCCGGGAGAACAAGCGUAAACAGCGUCUGCCUCAGCAGCAGCAGCAGAGCUUCACCCAGCUGGUGUGCCAGAGAAAGGAACAGAAGCAGGAGGAGCGGCGGCAGCUCAAGCUGCAGCUGGAGGACAUGCAGAAACAGCUUCGGCAACUGCAGGAGAAGUUUUUCCAAAUCUAUGACUCCACUGAUGACUCAGAACACAACGACCUUCACAAUGACAUAGGAAACAUGUCAGAGGACAGUCCGACUAGAUCGGACACUGGCAUUGACGAUCGGGGUGGAGAUGACUUGCGCUCUGACAAUGAGAUGUCUGAUCUGGAUCCGGGCCAUUUCCUGGAUAGGGCGCGGGCUUUGCUUCAGGAGCAGACCCUAUUGGCCGACAGAGAGAAGCCAAGACGAGAAGGACUUGGCAGAAACAAAGGACAGGGAGGUCCAGGUGCCUCUAUGCAUGCUGAGGGUAAACAGCUGGCGGAAACACUGAAGCAGGAGCUCAAUUCAGCCAUGACUCAGGUGGUGGACACAGUAGUAAAGGUAUUCGCCAAGCCGCCACGCCCUACUCCUCAGCAGGCCUUUCCUCCACUUUCUAUACCGCCAGAAAGAUUCCCAACUGCUGUCAAUGGAGACAACCCCAACUUCCACACUGCUAACCAAAGGCUGCAAUGCUUUGGUGAUGUCAUCAUUCCUAAUUCACUUGAAUCCUUUGCGAGCAUGCCCAGCAUCCCGGGCACUGCCAACGACCAAACCGAAGCCCUGCCCUUAGUUGUGAGGAAGACACCCAGUGACCACCACCAGUCGUCAGCUGUAGGGGCUCAUGGAGGUCAUCACCACCCUGUCCUUCACCCCUCUUCACUCUCAGCCACCAUGGGCUUCAGCCCUCCAUCCUUUAGACACCCCUUUCCUCUACCCCUCAUGGGUUAUCCCUUUCAAACUCCUCUUGGAGGGCCCACAGGUGGUUACACCGGCAAGGAUCGCUCCUCACCAGACUCCAUGGACUUGUCCCGAGAGACCACCAGCCUGAGGACCAAGAUGACAUCAGGGCACCACCUGGGGCAUCACCACCGCUCCUGCUCACCAGCACACCCUGGCAGCACAGCGGAGGGUCUGUCCUUGUCCCUGAUCAAGUCAGAGUGUGGCGAUCUUCAGGACAUGGCUGACAUCUCACCUUACUCAGGCAGCAAUAUUCAGGAAGGUCUGUCCCCCAACCAUCUGAAGAAGGCCAAGCUCAUGUUCUUCUACACCCGCUACCCAAGCUCCAACAUGCUCAAAAUGUUUUUCUCUGAUGUCAAGUUUAACCGCUGCAUCACCUCCCAGCUGAUCAAGUGGUUCAGCAACUUCAGGGAGUUCUACUACAUCCAGAUGGAGAAGUUCGCCCGCCAGGCCAUCAACGACGGGGUCACCGGCGCAGAGGAGCUGAGUGUCAGCCGGGACUGCGAGCUCUUCCGAGCCCUCAACAUGCACUACAACAAGGCCAACGACUUUGAGGUUCCAGAUCGCUUCCUGGAGGUGGCGGAGAUCACCCUGAGAGAAUUCUUCAACGCCAUUGUGGCCGGCAAAGACGUGGACCCAUCUUGGAAGAAGGCCAUCUAUAAGGUCAUCUGCAAACUGGACAGCGAAGUUCCUGAGAUCUUCAAGUCCCCCAACUGUCUCCAAGAGCUUCUACAUGAGUAACUUGCUCCUCCUUCUCCUCCCCGCUCACCCACCUGCGCUUUCAUUUGUUUUCUCCAUUUUCAUAGAAUAACUUAACUUUUAAUUUUUUUUUAAUGUAUGGAAGUUUUGGAGUAGCAUUCCCAAUCUGAAGCCUCUUUGGCAGUUCCUAGUUAUUGUGUUGUUAUUCUAUUAUUAUAACAGUAUGUUUUUGUUUUUCUGUGAUUCUGAAUUGAAGUGACUCAGAUUUUUGAAAUUCUUUGGAGCAAGUAAACUCAGUUGUUUCCUGAUCAACAUUACCUGAAUGAGCGGAGGGGAAACCCCAGACGGGGAUCCCUGAAAAACUGUAGAUGUGGGACCGUACCCCAGUUCUGAGAGGGUGCCUGACAGACUGUGCAACAAAACUAGUCCCUGACAGGACCGACACACAAAAAGCACACAGAAGCAAAAAAUCUAGUGAGGUUAAAACUGGAUUUGUGGUACUGGUCUGCUCUGGUCUUUGGGACUUGGACCAGUUUGAAAUGAUUUUUUUUUUUUUUUGAAGUGUGUUUUACCUGCGAGAAGGACAUUGUGUUUAUGGGUUGUACACUAUUAUUUUGAUCCUUAUUCUUGUUGUUUAUGAUUAUUAUUUGUUAUUACUGCUUUUGCUGAAGAUUGGCACUUCAAGAUUUGUUUGUCCUCUGAUGCCAUCGCAGAAAAAAAUAAAUUAUUGCUAUUGAUAUUAUUCCAAAGGGUUUCGGGUUCUGAAACUUUUCCUCUUCAUUCCCCUUCAUUAUCCUUACACUUGAAAUAGUUUGUCUGUUGAGGACAAAGUAUUUUUUUUUCUUUUUUUGGCUUUCUGAAUUGAUAUUUUGGUCAAAUACUAUCAGAGUUAGCUUCUUUAUCCCCCUGCAGUGGGAAACUUUGAGAGAAGAACAUUUCUGAAGGGGCUCCACUUCCACUAUUCUGUCUGCUGAGCUGGGCUUUUAUUGUGAAAAACCUGAUUUUACAAAGUUUAAUCCAUACUUGAAUAUGUCCGGUCCAAUUCGAAGGAGAAAAAUUGAAUCAGCAAUAGAUAUUUGACAGAAAAAGUCACUGCUUUCCAUAUGAAAACCACUUUGCUCAUCCUCAUGUUCCCCUCAAGGACCUGGCCUCUCAAAGUGGCACCUGAAGGUCAGAGGUGAGUUCCUCCCCCCAAAGAAGCUCUUAGAGUUACAAAGAGCACACCUGAAGGCUUCUUCUCUAUCUCUUGUCUCACCCCAGCGGCUAUUCACACCCAAAGUGGGGAGAUUUUAAAGCUGCACACAUUUUCAUCCAGCCUUAAAAGCUCCUAAGAUUCAAAAGAAUUACUUUGUAAUACAAUUUCUUCGUGAAUUUGUUCUUUUUUUUUUAAGCUCCAAUGUCUCACCUUGGCAACUUCAGUUCACAUUGUCUGCUCGUGUCACAAAAGAUCAAAGGAGCCAGGUAGCUUCACCUGCUGACUCGUCUAAGCGACACAAAGCACCCGACAAAAGAAGGCAGAGAAAGACAGAGAGCUACUCCCUUUAUUAUGUCCCCCUCCUUCACUUCCCCGGAUGGCGCUCUUCUUAAAGUCAGGAGCCCUGAGAGAACGACCCGGACACGUUUCUCACUGAAGGAUGGGCUAGGCCCGAAACGUCUCAAAGCUCCAGCCGUGGGGCUCUAAGGCGCGGCAGACAAAAGGAGAAAGGACACUUUGAUCUGAUGUUCAGAUUUUUAUCAUUCCCACUGCCACCCUCAGUGUCCUCCUGCAGCUCCACCCUGAAGGAAAAGAGCUUCUGCGUGCUAAAAGAUCCAUUCAAAGGAAACGGAUGCGCAAAUUUAAAAGCAGUUUGAUAUUUAGGUGACGAAAAAACACACAGCUUUUUGUAUAACUGUACAAUAUAAAAAAUCUAUUUAAAAAAAACUAAAUAUAAAUAUAUAUAUAUAAAAUGAAGUUGGGAAAAGCACUGUUAGAUACAGUUUCAUAAAACAAAUCCAGAGGGUAUUUUUAGUGUUUUUUUCUUCCAAAACCUACCCUGAAAGAGUAAAAGAAAAAUGGUUUUGCAGGUUUUAUGACCACUUUUCUUACUUUUUUCUUCCUUUUUUGUGUGUGUGUCUUGUAUUGUGUGAAACAAGUGAAAAUAAAUGAAACUUGGAAUACAUUUUUAAAGUUUGAAGAACUGACGUGGAAACUGUACAUAAGUCCGAAUGAAACGGAGCAUGGCUGUGCUGUUUUUUAAAAAACAAAAAUGAAAAAUCAGUCUGUGUGUGCGAGGGGGUGAAGAGGAAGGGUUUGUAAAGGAAAAAGACAGACUAAACCACUCUGCAAGUGGACUUGAAGUGUGGACUCUUCCGAAGCGCACAGUGAAGAGGCUUUUUUCCUCCCUCGCCAUGCUUUUAACGGGAGCGCGUCUCCCCGCGAGUCGGCAGUGCCCUUGAAGUUGCACCAGCAUCCUUUCCUUUAGCUUUUCUGACUGAGCGACGACCUGCCGGCACCAUGGGGGUCUCCAUUUCUGUUUGAAAAAAAAAUCCAAUAAAAUCUAGGGGAUUUCUGUGCCAUGGAAAGAUGUAAAAGUUAUGAUUUUUUUUCCAGAAAGUGUUUUUGUGAGCUUUGCAUCGUUUGUGCUUGUGUGAGCGUCUGUGUGAGAGAAAAGACCGAUUAUGAGAACCUGUGAACCAGAGUGUGACACAAUUCUCAACACUGUGGCUCCUCCCCCACCCCUGGGAGAACCAUCCUGACAUGUAAAUGAUUCUCAUUAAGCGUUGGCAACAUGUGUUUGGUGUGUGCGUUGUGAUCAUUUCCUCUGAUCUGUUUUUUGACCUGUUUGGAAGAGGGUUUUGUUUCUCCGUGCUUAUAGUUUUAAUUCCUUUUUCUAACUAUUAUUGUCACGGCACUGCUCCUCUGUCAUUGUAAAUAGCGACGAUGAGGUGAUACAUACUGCCUUUGUAUAACUUAGCAAUAUGUUCUGUAAAUAGUGUUUGUUGAUGCUUUUCGUAUUCAAUUCUAGUGCAGUAAUUCCAACUGGAACAGCCAUGAUUGAGUCUGAAUUGUUUCAAAUUGUAAAAUAAAACUGGCUGUUUUUUUUUCUUUCUUUUUGUUACUGAUGUCUAUUUGUCUUGCAGAUUUUGUGUAAUUUAUUGGUUUAAUUUAUCCUAAUUUAUUUAAUGUUUUUUUCUUUUCUUACAAACAAGGAAGGCUGUUAUGGAUUUAAAACUUUUUCAUUCUAAUCUAAUAUGAAUCUGAAUUGGGAAUCUCCUGUUUGAUUGACAGAAAUGGGGAUCUUGGCAGCUAAGUGGACCUGGACAGUUGCAGAAAAGGGCGGAGGGCGAAUUGGAGCUAGUUGGGGAAAAAAAAAAUCUGUAUUUUUUUUCUUUUUUAAAAAAAUUUCUUUUCUUUUUUUUUGUUUUUCCACUGUAUCGCUUUGGCCCAGCCCACAAACAACCAGUAGUCAAACUGCCUUUCGUGCCUUUACCCUCUAUGAACUGAAUGUAUGUGCGGUAUAUAUGCAAGCUUCUGCAAAACGAAUAAAAAAGGAAAUAAAAAUGAGAAAAGAGAGUGGAAAA